AUCAUGUGCACUGGUCUGAGCGGACGUCGGCCAUUGGGUGUUUGUCAAAAGAGAAAGAAAACUAGUUUCACCUCACCUGGAUACAGCAUGAACAUGAGAACCUAAAGAAAACUUCAAUCAACUGUUUUUUGUCGAACAAAUCAUGAUUUUACGGAUUCUGCAGAUCUCAGGCAGCACCAAGUGAAUACAAAGGUGCAUGAAUGUGGCAGUCAUUCAGUAUCAAGACCGCUAACUCAAGUUGACAAUCACGAUGAAGAAGGGGGCGAUGCAGAAGAGCAAGCAGUGGAACGUGAAGGGAGCCGUGCGGCUGGCAAGUGUCUUUCACUUCCUCCAUUCAUGUGGCUCCGGGUGCCUCCUUCCCUUCCUGACCCUCUACUUCCGGCAUCUGGGUCUCAGCGCUGCCAUGAUUGGAAUCAUCAUGGCGUCCAAGCACUUGCUGGCCUUGUUGUGGCGCCCGUUCUCCAGUGUUCUUGCCAGGCAGUACGACAAACGGCGUACGGUCAUAGUGGGCUCCUUGCUCAGCUCGGCACUGGUGGUUUUGCCUCUUCUGUUGUUCCCAUCUGCAGGGAUCCUGGUCGAAAGUGGACGGUGUAACACCAGUCAACCUGAUGCUGAUCCUACCUUACCACUCGCCGUCAUAGAGCAAAUGACAGUCCCAGUAGGCUCAAAUGCAACUGUGUACUCAGUAAACCAAACAUCUGUAAGCACCAAUCAAACUCUGGAGGAUAACACACUUGUAAACCACAGCAGGUCAGCAAGAGGCUUGAGAUCUUUAAAGAAGGAAGAAGAACCUCACAGUGAGUUCCUGGGGAGCCUGAAAGUUAUGGAUGCCCAGCAUCAGAUGUUCUUUCUGGUGCUCCUUGUGACUGCUUUGUGGGAGUUUGUGGCCGUCCCGCUGGAAUGGACGGCGGAUGACGGACUCUAUGAAUACUUGGAUUUUGUAGACGCCACUGACCGGCAUAGUGGUGUGAAGGUCUGGAAGCAUGUUGGGGCUGCUUUUGGCAGCUGUCUUGUAGGUGUUCUUGUAACCAACCUGUUCUGCCGGAUUGGAAAUUCGGUGGAGUUUUAUUCAUACACAGUACUUAUGAUCCUAACUGUACCAGCAUCUGCCCUGCUACCAAUCUAUCUCCGAAAGCGUGAGCGCCCCACUAGUGGUGGCUUUAAGGCACUGCAGUUGGUGCAUGGGAAUCCACAAGCGAUACUUUGUGCAGUCACUGUUAUUUUGACAGGCAUGGUGACCUCUGCUGUGUCAGAUUUUCUCUUAUGGCUGAUGCAGGACUGCGGUGCCAUGGAAAUCCACAUGGGAAUAUGUUUAGCAUUGGCGCACUUAAGCCACACUGGCUUUUCACCGAUUGCUGGGCCUCUAUCCCGAUUUCUAAAGUACCACGGUUGGAUGUUAGUAUUGGCUGUUGUUGGUUUAGCCAUGCAGUGCCUUUAUUAUUCCUUCUUAUGGAGCCCUUGGGCUGUAAUGCCAGCUCAACUGUUGGCAGGCUUCAGCACCGGCGCCCUCUGGUGGUCUGUAACAUCACAAAGUGAAGAUAUUGCCACUCCAGGCACCGAAAAGACAAUUUUAAGGCUUUUUGAGGCCUUUUCUUUAGACAUGGGAGCUGCAUUGGGCAGUCUGAUAGCAGGGUUUGUGGUGCAAAAGUUUGGGGUCAAUGUGCUUUUUCAAGGCGCAUCGGUCAUGCUGGCUGUGUGGAGUAGCGCUCUCGCUGUGCUGAAGUGGAAGAUCCCUCGACAGCGCAGAAUAAACUACUCACGACUGCUGGCUGCUGACACUGAAGUGAGCGAGUCGGAGUCUGACCAGGAGAAAGACUGGCUGGAGACGGCAAUGGAAGAUGAUAGAAGGAAUAACAAGUGGACAGUAAAUAAGUCUUAAUAGAAAUGAAGAGUGGCUGGUUAACUGCUUUAGAAGGCAAAUUAAAGCUAAAAG